AAAUGCACUUAAAAAGAACGGGUCGAAAAUUAUACCAACUGCCUUCUUAGUUCUUUCUCCUAAUCCCACGCAGAAUACAGAAACGAAGAAAAACAAUCAAUCCAGCGCAGGCAAUUCAAUCUAGUGCAGACGAUUCAGUUGUUAUGAUAUUUUCAGAGAUUAAUACUUACUUGAGAGUUUAAUGGCGAGGAUAAAACCUCAAGCUCUUCUAUUGCAAAGCAAAAAGAAGAAGGGGCCAAGUGGUGUCAGUGUUACUACAAUUAUAGUAUGCAUCCUAAUUGUUGCUGUGAUGGUGUUUUCCCUGUAUUCUACCUAUAGAUACUGGUUUCGAAGAUGUUUUUUCCUCAUACUUGGACGUUCUUCUUUUCUGGCUAGAUCAAUUGUUCAGACACACGAUGAUCUAUCUACCAGCAAGGCUAUUGAGCGGAAGAAAUCUGAUAUUCCUAAAUAUGCUCUUAUAAGCACCUCGAAAGGCCUGAUAACCGUGGAACUUUACAAGGAUGGUUCUCCUGACAUUUUUGAUGAAUUCAUUGACUUCAGUCAGAAGGGUCACUUUAAAGAGAUGCAAUUUACUCGUGUAAUCAAGAACUCUGUCAUCCACGGUAGUAAAGUUGAAAGACCUGAAGCUACAGAAGAAUGGACUUUGAUGGGAAACCAUUAUAGCCAACUGGACCCAAGUCUUAAGCACGAAGCAUUUAUGCUUGGUACUUCCAAGGUGAAACAUGAAGGUGGAGGAUUUGAUCUAUUUAUUACAACAGCACCAAUCCUGGAUCUGAAUGACAAGAUUAAUGUCUUUGGACGUGUCAUCAAGGGAGAAGAGGUUGUCCAGGAAAUCGAAGAAGUAGAUACAGAUGACCACUAUCGACCCAAAACUCGUGUGCAGAUCAAUGAAGUUACUCUUAAGCAGAGAACCUGAACUAUGCUCUGUCCAUAAGAUGCAGUUACUUGACAUCGAUGGACAAAAGCAGGCAGCAGCAUAUGAUUGCAAAUAUCUUUCAAAGAUUUUGAUUCCUCGGAGUUGACAUGAUGCAGCUUGCUAGCAGUGCUUUGGUUUAAAAUCUGGAUACAGGUAUUCCGUUUGUGCAAUGUGGUUAGGUUCUCUCCCAAGUUUUUCCCUUAUGGUAAACAAUCUGGCUAUUGUAUGUGUCUUAUAAUAUGGUAUGUUCAGAGGAAAUUUUCAUUACACAGUUCAAAUGUUCAAAAGACGGUAAUUGAAGAGUUUUUAUCCAAGAUCCCGCCUAGACAUUUCUGAUCACAGAUCAAAAUUUCAGGAGGAGUUGCAGGAUUUUUAUUUAAUUUCCAAAGCUACAAGUCCUAGACUAGAAAAGAAAUUUCUUUGGUGUUAAGUCAGCUCUACUAGAUGCAGUUGCUCAGGUAUCCAAUAACUAACUCUUGGAUUUAGAUUAUAUGUGUGGAUGUAUCAUGUUGAGAUGUCGAUUUGUUGUGUCCAUGAAGUGAGGAUAUUUGUAGGUGUCCGAUGAAAUGGGGGUAAUUAUAACCCCCUGUUUAGACCUUUGGAUAAACAAUCUGGCAGUUCUAUAAGACAAUAUGUUCAGAGGAAAACCUUCAAAACCUAGUUCAAUUGUUCAAAAGCAUAGUAGUCCAUGAAUUUGAAGACCCCUCUUCUUAUGCUUCCAAGAACAAGGGGGAGAGGUUGGAGUCGAACUUUUCACUUACUGAAAACAAAGGCUGCUUUCUCAUAUUGUGCAUGAAUGAUUGAAUGAGAAACAUAAGUCCAUAUUCCAAUUAUUGAUGUCCCCUCAUUUGAUUUUCGGACAAGUUAUUGAGAUUAUAAUGUGGGGAUUAUAAUUGGAGAUUAAACAAUAAUUGAAUUAUAUAGUGGAUAUAUUUUUUUCUAAUA